AUGUUGCUUUUUCCAAGGUGGUACCAUGGCAGGUUAGAUCGCUACACAUCAGAACAACGUUUGACACAAGCUUCAAGACAAGGAAGUUAUUUGAUUAGGGAAUCCGAUAGAAAACCUGGAUCUUAUGUUCUCUCUUUUUUGGGAAAAACUGGCAUCAAUCAUUUUAGAAUUACAGCUGUUUGUGGAGAUUUUUAUAUUGGGGGACGUCAGUUUGAUUGCCUAUCAGACCUUAUCAGUUUUUACACAAAUUGUUCAGAUUUACUAAAAAGGGAAAGACUAUUAUUUCCAGUCCCACCACCAGUUCCAGUAAAUGAUAAAAAAAAAGUGGUUGCAAUUUUACCAUACUCAAAAAUGCCAGAUACUGAUGAGCUAACUUUUGAAAAAGGUGAAAUAUUUUUCGUUCACAAUGAUAUGGGAGAUGGCUGGCUUUGGGUCACAGCACAUCGAACAGGAGAGCAGGGCAUGAUUUUUACUGAGUUAGUUGAAGAUUUAGAUCAAAAUAUAGAUCCUAAUACAGUAUACAGCUGGUUUCAUCCACAGAUACCUAAAAAUGAAGCUAUCGAUAUGCUUGUCAAAGCUGGUCCUGGAAGUUUUCUUGUAAGACCAAGUGAUAACUCUCCAGGAGAUUAUUCAUUAUUUUAUCACAUCAAUAAUCAAAUUCAAAGGUUUAGAAUAGAAAAAAGAGGAGUUAGGUAUUUAAUGGGUGGUAGAACUUUUGAUUGCUUAGAUGCAGUGAUUGAAAGAUACAGAAGAGAACAAAUUGUUGAGGGUCAUACUCUUAUGUUACCAGUCUGCAGAAAAUUAUCAGAAUCUGAUGGACAGGUAAUUAUGGUUUCACCAAAAGAAGUACAACAUGCGGAUAAAAUAUAUGAAACUUUGAGAGAAUGCCGCGAACAAUCUGGAUUAAAAAAAAACAAAGGAAUUAAAUUGCAAGGAUAUUUGCAAAAAAGGAGUGAUAAAUCUAAAAGAUGGAAAUUAAUGUAUUUUGUAUUGCUUAAUGAGGGAACGGAUUCGCAUUUGUAUUUUUAUGAAAGUCCUAAGCGUACAAAGCCAAAAGGUUUAAUAGAUUUGAAUUGUUCAUAUUUGUAUCAUGUUCAUGACAGUCUUUUUGAAAAACCAAAUUGUUUUCAAUUAGUAGAAAGAGCUUUACCCUGUCUGUCAACAAUAACUUACUUAUCUUCCAACUCGGAAGAUUCAACUCAGGAAUGGAUCACGUCUUUAAAACAACUUUGUAUCACACAAUUUGCAAAACCAUCCAAAGUUGAUAGAUUACGUGAAAUUAGAUGUCUUCAAAUAAAUGUUUUAUCUGCUCAUCGUUUACCUCAUAAAUUAGUACCAAAUCCUUUUUGUGUUAUUUCAUUGAAUGAAGUGAAAGUCGCUAAAACUAAGGUUAUGACUGGUCCCGAUCCAACUUGGGAUGAGGAAUUUAUAUUAGAUGACAUUCCACCUGAUAUUCUGUCCUUUACGGUUUCUGUUCAUAAUAAGGGAAAACGCUCGAAAAACAGUGAAGUGUCAGAAAUAACAAAAGAAUUGCAUUCGUUAAAAAACGGCGAAGAAAAAGAAGAUUGGCACACGCUCUCUGGAAUAACACCGAUAGGAGAAUGGGGGAUGAUUAAGCUUAAAACUAAAUACGUUCACGAUUUAAUCAUGCCUCAAGAAGAAUAUUCACCUCUCCAAGAAUUGAUAUUAGAUCCUUCGUUGGAAGUAGUACGUUCGUUAGCUGAAAUCUGUCAUUCAGAUCGUCUUCCCCUUGCCAAUUCUUUACUCAAAAUAUUCAGGGCAAAACACAAAGAAGCUGAUUUAAUGACGUCACUUAACGAUUUAGAAAUAGAAAGGGAAGAAGAAACGUCUACCUUGUUUCGAGGUGCUUCAUUAACGACUACAAUAAUGGAUUUGUAUAUGAAAUCUAUUUGCGAUGGCUUCCUUCAAGCUUCCGUACAAGAAAUAGUUAUUAAAUUGUUGGAAGCCAAGCAAAGUUGCGAGCUUAAUCCCUCAAAAAUGAAUUCCCCCGACGAUGCUUGCUCAAACGCAGAAUUUCUUCUGCAAAUAUUAGACGAAGUGACUCACGCAAUUUUCACUUCGGCUGACGCCUGUCCAAAAACUUUAAGGUACAUAUGCGGAUGUUUACAAAGAUCAGUUGUAAAUAAAUGGCCUAAUGAAAGACUAGUCAAAACUCGAGUAGUUAGCGGAUUUAUAUUUCUACGAUUGCUUUGUCCGGCUCUAUUAAAUCCUAGACAGUUUAAUUUGAUACCUGAAUCUCCUCCGCAAAUGGCUUCAAGAUCGUUGAUUAUGGUUGCAAAAUGCCUUCAAAAUUUAGCUAAUUUGAUUGAAUUCGGUGGAAAGGAACCGUAUAUGGAAGUAGUCAAUCCGUUUAUAUUGAAAAAUAAAGAACGAAUGGUUGUUUAUUUGGAUCAUUUGUCCAAUUGUCCGGAAAAACCACCGUCGGAAGAUAAGGUAAUCAAAAUUGAUUUGGCACGAGAUUUGGGAACUCUUCAUAACAUAUGCGUUUCUCAUUUCAAAGAACUUCAAGAAAUUGCCAAAACAAAAAAUACAAUAAAAAAAUUAAUUACCGUCACCGAAAUGCACAGUAAACACAAGCAACGGUAUUUGGAAAUGAUUAAAUAA